UAUUUGUUCCCAGUAACAUUUCACUACUUUUACGCUGCACCACUCUCGCUCUCCUUCAUUGAACCGUACUCUGAAUUCUCCAUUGAAGCAGCUUCUGAGCUUUUAUUCUUCCAUUAAAGUAGCUUCUCAGUAAAUAUAUGGGAACUGCUGUUGACUCUCCGAACAUGGAAAAUGGCAGGAAGGUGACUGUUAUCUUUGUUUUAGGUGGACCUGGCAGUGGGAAGGGUACACAGUGCGCCAAUAUUGUUCAGAACUUUGGAUUCACUCACCUAAGUGCUGGUGAUCUUCUGCGAGCAGAAAUUAAAUCUGGUUCUGAGAAUGGAACCAUGAUCCAGAGCAUGAUCAAAGAAGGAAAGAUUGUGCCUUCAGAGGUUACAGUUAAGCUUCUCCAGCAAGCUAUGCAGGAAAGUGGAAAUGACAAAUUUCUUAUUGAUGGUUUCCCUCGCAAUGAAGAGAACCGUGAAACUUUUGAAUCUGUUACUGGUAUAGAACCAGAGUUUGUUCUUUUCUUUGAUUGUCCAGAAGAGGAGAUGGAGAAGCGUCUUUUGAGUAGAAAUCAGGGUAGGGAAGAUGAUAACCUAGAGACUAUCAAGAAGCGUUUUAAGGUUUACAUGGAGUCUAGUCUUCCAGUUGUUGUGUACUACAGUUUGAAGGACAAAGUUAGAAAGAUUGAUGCUGCUAAACAAGCUGAGGCUGUAUUUGAGGAUGUCAAAGCUAUAUUUAAUUCGAAGAUAGAAGCAGGUUGCUUCUGAGGAUUGCCUAACAUUAUCAAAUGCGAAGAUGCCAUAACUAGAGUACUGAGGUGAUUCGUUUUCAAAUUUUGCGAAUCUUCUCUAUUGAUUUUAACAUGUUUGUGUUGUUCUUCAGAAUUGAAGUGCUCAUAAUUCUUGUUGAUGCAUCUUUGAAAUGAUUCUUUUCCAAUUAAAAAUUUAUCCGGGCUUGGACUUCUGUCAGCUGGAAAUGAUUGCUAUAAGAUGGCUGCACACCUGCCCAUCACAUAUCACAAUUGCCUGGGGUGCUGUUUUAUGGGCCUUUGGUAUAACAGUAAUACAAACUACAGUUUUUUUUUUUUUUUUUUUUUUUUUUUUUUUUUUUUUUUUAGAAUAAUGUGUAUGGUUUGAAAUUUUUGUUCCAAAUACUUUUUUUUUUAUCCUUUGAAAGAAGUGAUCAAUUUUGUAGCAAAUACUCUACUUCAUGUAUGCACUCUUUUUGCUGACUUGUGGAAUUUUGGCGAUGUACUACAAGCCUUUGCUCA